AUGACAAUUUUAACUCGAGAGGUGAUCGAGAAGCAUUCGUCUCGCGAGUCGUGCUGGGUCGCCAUCCAUGGCUCCGUGUACGAUGUGACUGACUUUAUUGACGAACAUCCCGGCGGUCCACAAGUGAUUCUCCGCUGCGCUGGGAAAGACGCAACCGCCGACUUCGACUCCGUGCACGACGAGACCUUGAUUUCGCAAACCCUUGCGCCAUCAGCUCUGAAGGGCAAAAUCCCACCAAACACCCUGACAAGCUCAGCUUCAUCCUCAUCAAGACCCUUACCCAAGAUAGUCACCAGCGCCACCAACGAUAAUACCCCACCCGCCCCUCCACUGUCCGCACUAAUCAACCUGCACGACUUCGAAAAAGUCGCCCAGCAACACCUCCCCCCGCACGCAUGGGCCUACUACUCCUCCGGUGCCGACGACGAGAUCAGCAAGCGCCAGAACCAAAAGGCCUACCAGAAGGUAUCCCUGCGGCCGCGCAUCCUCCGCAGCAUCCGGACAGUCGACACCAGCACAGCAAUCCUAGGGCGGCAUGUCUCCCUGCCAGUGUACAUGAGUCCCACUGGGAUUGCCAAGCUAGCGCACCCGGACGCCGAAUGCGCAUUCGCCCGAGCAGCAGGCCACGAGGGUCUGGCGCAGGUCCUGGCUAACGGGUCCAGUAUGCCCAUCGAGAGGGUGCGGGCCGCGCGCACGGAUCCCGAGCAGCCGCUGUUCGCGCAGCUGUAUGUCAAUAAAGAUAUCAGGAAGUCGGAGGAGACGGUGCGGAGGGCUGUCGAGGCGGGGGCCGGUGCGAUUUGGGUGACGGUGGAUUCGCCGGUGGUGGGGAAGCGGGAGAUGGAUGAGCGGUUGAAUCUGGAGGUUCAGGCGCGAGACUCCUCGGCUAGAGGCCAGGGCGUCGCGAAAACCAUGGCGAGUUCCAUCUCCCCAUUCAUCGACUGGGAGAUUCUCACCUGGUUGCGCGGCCUCACCGACCUGCCCAUCGUCAUCAAGGGGAUCCAAUGCGUCGAGGAUGCCGUGUUAGCCUACCAGCACGGAGUGCAGGGGAUUGUCCUUUCCAACCAUGGAGGGAGGUCGCAAGAUACAGCCCAACCUCCACUGGUCACAUUACUAGAGAUUCGAAAACACGCCCCCUUCCUGAUCGGAAGUCGCAUGCAGAUCUUUGUGGAUGGCGGAAUCCGGCGUGGGACCGAUGUGCUCAAGGCGCUGGCACUGGGCGCCUCGGCCGUGGGUCUCGGGCGGCCGUUCCUUUUCGGCCUCGCGGCGGGAUACGGCGAGGAGGGCGUGCGCAGGGUGGUCGCCAUCCUGCGGCAGGAAAUCGAGGCCAAUAUGGUGUUUCUUGGGGUGACGCGGUUGGCGGAGCUGGGGCCUCAUCUGCUGAAUGCGACGCGGUUGGAAAGGGAUGUGGUGGGGUCGGUAAAGUUGUAG